GUGUCUCCUUCCUAUGACGUUCUAUGUGUGAGGGAAGAGGGGUGGAUCCAGGGCAACAUGGCGGCGUGUAUCAGGCUGGAUCUCACCCAGCUCAUGAGCUCGAGUGGCUCUCACAAGGAUCUGGCUGGGAAGUACCGCCAGAUAUUGGAGAAGGCCCUUCAGCUUCCUGGACCAGAACAGCUUGAGUCACUUAAAGCAUUUGUUGAAGCAAUGGUGAAUGAGAAUGUCAGCUUGGUGAUUUCCCGACAGCUGCUCACUGACUUUUGUACACAUCUUCCAAGUCUACCCGAUGGUAAUGCCAAGGAGGUCUAUCACUUCACCCUGGAAAAGAUCCAGCCACGUGUCAUCUCUUUUGAAGAACAGGUUGCAUCAAUUAGACAGCACUUGGCAACCAUUUAUGAGAAAGAAGAAGACUGGAGGAAUGCAGCUCUGGUGCUGGUUGGCAUACCUUUGGAAACAGGACAGAAACAGUAUAAUGUAGACUAUAAACUGGAAACCUAUCUGAAAAUUGCUCGGCUCUACCUGGAAGAUGAUGAUCCUGUGCAGGCAGAAGCAUACAUAAACAGAGCCUCUCUAUUACAAAACGAGUCCACCAAUGAGCAGCUACAAAUCCACUACAAGGUUUGCUAUGCGCGUGUUUUAGACUACAGGCGGAAGUUCAUUGAAGCUGCUCAGAGGUACAAUGAGCUUUCUUACAAAACCAUAGUACACGAAACUGAAAGAAUGGAAGCACUUAAACAUGCACUUCACUGCACCAUCCUGGCUUCUGCAGGACAGCAACGUUCCCGUAUGUUGGCUACAUUAUUUAAGGAUGAACGGUGCCAGCAGCUUUCCGCCUAUGGUAUUCUGGAAAAGAUGUACCUAGACAGAAUCAUCAGAGGAAAUCAGCUGCAGGAGUUUGCUGCUAUGCUCAUGCCUCAUCAGAAAGCAACUACUGGAGAUGGUUCCAGUAUUUUGGACAGAGCUGUAAUAGAGCACAACCUACUGUCAGCAAGCAAACUUUACAACAAUAUUACUUUUGAGGAACUCGGCGCUUUGCUGGAAAUCCCCGCUGCCAAGGCUGAGAAGAUAGCUUCUCAGAUGAUUACAGAGGGCCGUAUGAAUGGUUUCAUCGACCAGAUUGAUGGCAUUGUUCAUUUUGAAACCCGGGAAGCAUUACCUACGUGGGAUAAACAGAUUCAGUCUUUGUGCUUCCAAGUCAACAACCUCCUGGAGAAGAUCAGUCAGACUGCACCAGAAUGGACAGCACAGGCCAUGGAGGCUCAGAUGGCUCAGUAACAUGCCUGCUACUGUUACACAAUUUUUCUUAAUGCUUCAAUUUUUUUUGGACAGUUUAUUGCACUCUCCACAUGUCUGUGAACAUUGCUGUGUACAUAUGAUGUAGUGCUUGUACAAAACACAACUAAAAUAUGUUUUUUAGUUCCAGCCAUGCUUAGUUUGCAGUGGGAUUUAUAGCUUUGUGCUAUUGAAAGUAAUUCCUGUACUAAACUGCAGUCCACUCCAUCUUGCUUUGCCCUUGAAAUACUUGCGGUAGGCACAUGUGUGGUUGCAGCUCCAUCUUUUCUUCUUCCUGUUGUGUUUUUUUUAUUCUAACGGCCCUUUCAGCUCAUGGAGACUUAGCAAUGCCUACAUGUUUAUUUUUUUUCAUGACAUGGAUCUCUGAAAGUGUACAGAAAUAUAAUUAAGAGCCCCCAAUACACGCCAAGCCAUGUACAGCAUAUAUAAGUAUGCUUAAUGGAGAUAAAUAAAAGAAUAGCUCUUAA